AUAGGCUUAUACCUAUGUGGGAACAUGUCCUAGCAACCACGUUAGACGCUUAAUCUGAUUGUUUUGAGCUUUUAAAAAGCCUCUUCAGCAGAGGCCGUCCCUUUAAUUACGCCUAACGUGCGGCUGGAGUUUUUAAGUGUACUUCUCAGUUAAGGACAAAGACAAAAGGUCGUGUAUCGAAUAGAUUAGGGAAAGUUUGAGGUCUAUCUAAAACUGUCAGAAGUGAUAACGGAGAUAACUAGGUUUUUAUUCUGUAUUUACUAAACAUUAUCAGCCGAACAAGACUUUGGGAGUACAGGUUGGCUAAUUCAGCAGUUACCAGGGAGGAUGGUGGUUUAUUUAAACAAAUGAACAGCUGAAACGGCUGAAACAUCGGGAAGAAACGGAGGAGACCAAUAUUAACAAGACCUCGUCGUGGAUAGUCGUUAAGGACAGGGGUCUUGAAGACCUUGACAAGGCUGCCUACAGACGCCCUAAGGACAGCAAAUUCAUUUGCCGUGUUGGACGAAAAGUGCUGUGGUGAGCCUGCAGUUCACUCGAAACGGAAAUCGGCGAGGAGCGGCGAAGCGCAGACCCCUCAGGCUGCUCAGAAAGUUAAGGAGGUGGUAAAUUGUUUCGGCUGCUACAGCUCUCCAGCCCAAGUUGUUGACUGGCUAGUCUUUGACUGCCUCCCAACAUGUUAGUGAGGUCCUGAGCUGAUGUACCCUAUGGCGAAGAGUGAGGCACUAGUUUCCUGAAGUAAUGUAUAGCAUGAGAUGGCACCCAUUCUAAACAGCAGCCGGCACCAACUCUGGCCGACGUUGGAGUGGACAAGCCCCAGAUCCUGUGGGGAGGAAAAGUCUACACUAAACUGUAAAAGGGUGUUGGUUUUUCUCACUGAAGCUACCACUCGUGCAAUUUUGAUUGGUGAUUGUGACUUAGUCCUCCUCGUGAUCUACGGCAAGAAAGUGCAGUGGCCUGUUGGACCACCUGGACAGCGAGGCGCGAGAGUUGGAAGUGUUUCCACCAUUACGUCAGAUACUCCUCUGCCGCAGAUUUGGAAGAUUUGCAAUAUUGUGGGUCCUUCCGACAUAACUUCAGGAACAGUUGCAGAACAAUCGCUGGAAGUGUUAAAUGCUACAGAAAGUAGCAUAGUUGUCGGAAUUAAGAGGGCCAACGGCUGUGAUGAGGGGUUCAAACUUGUCGGAGGAUCCCAGAUGUGCUUUAAGGCUGUGCCACAACAUGGUAAAAGAAUCCCAACUGGGAGGUCUACUGACAUCAUGGAUUUAAUCUACGUUUGUAGCUUAAAAGGCUGUUCAUAA